UUCCUUCCUUGUGCCCAGCCCCAUCGCCACUGCCAUCCAUUCAUCGACACGCUGCACACCCCGGCCGCGUCGUCGCUUUCCAUCGCAGCGGGGCUCGCAGCUCCUCUUAAACCGCUCCACGAGUGUGGCCGUUCUGCCCCGCCAUUGCUCUCCUCUCUCCAGCUCGAACCCGUCAAGCUAGCUAGCAAUCGGAGCACUCAUCUCGUCCUAGCAGCCAUGGACGGCCAGAAGAUCCCAGGUUCUGUCAGGCUGGCCUGCGGAUGGGUGCUCCUCAGCGCCUGCGCCAUGGGCUUGGUCCACUACACCCUCUCCUGCAGCCAGGCCAUGACCUGCAAGUGCGAUGCGCUGACGGACACCAAGGCCGCCUGCUUCAGCGCCCUCUGGAUCGGGACUCUGUGCUGCGCUGGAUCCCAGGCUACCGCGGCGGCGCUGGCGCUGCUGCUCCCACGCCGCCCCCGCUGGAUCAUCCGUGAACUGGCCAACUUCUCGGUCGCGGUCGCCGGCGCCGGCUACUGCAUGUUCCACGGCGCCAUCUACAUCUUCCACCCAGGAGUCUACUUCGCACUGGCCUCGAUCAUGUUCAUGCUGGGCGACAUCAUCUGCGGCAUGACUCUCUACCUGGUAGGGUUUGUUCUGCUGCUCCUGAAAUCGAUGGCGGCCCGCCUCUCCGACGUCCUCCUCCACGGCGAGCCGCCCAAGCACCGUAAUGCAUUUUCUUCCCCCAUCAGCGCUUCACCAAGCAGCAGCACAUGGAGUUGGAGGCAAGAAGAGGAGGAGCAAGAAGGCGAGGACGCGGGCGACUAGUUCCUCCCCUGAGCUCGAAGGCCGAGGGCUCAGAUCCGCGGUUGUUCUUCCCAAAUCUUGAUGCCAUUUGCUUUCCUGCGAUUCUUCAUGUGUCGCUGUUAGUUUUUAUUGGGUUGCUAAGAAGAAUCAGGAGGAGCCAUCCUCUGCUCCUUCUCAAAAUUUCCCUCCCAGAUCUGUAUUCUUGGGCAUCGAUUUUUUAUCUUUUGCUUGACCAUUAAUCGCACGUACUUAUUACUUAA